AUGAAUUUUGGAGGUCAAACACCUACAAUUGUGGUUCUAAAAGAGGGAACAGACGCAUCUCAAGGUAGAGGUCAAAUCAUCUCCAACAUUAAUGCCUGCGUUGCCGUACAAGAGACACUAAAGCCAACUUUAGGUCCCUUAGGUUCCGAUAUUCUAAUUGUGACAUCAAAUCAAAAGACUACUAUUUCUAAUGAUGGUGCUACAAUCUUAAAAUUAUUAGAUGUAGUGCACCCUGCUGCCAAAACUUUGGUGGAUAUAUCCAGAGCUCAGGAUGCUGAGGUUGGUGAUGGUACAACUAGUGUGACCAUCUUGGCCGGUGAGUUGAUGAAGGAAUCUAAACCUUUCUUGGAAGAAGGCAUUUCGUCUCAUUUGAUUAUGAAGGGUUAUAGAAAGGCAGUAUCUUUGGCUGUCGAAAAGAUAAAUGAAUUAGCUGUGGAUAUUACGACAGAAAAAAGCAGUGGCAGGGAGUUACUGGAGCGCUGCGCUAGAACUGCGAUGUCAUCCAAGUUGAUCCAUAAGAAUGCGGAUUUCUUUGUUAAAAUGUGUGUUGAUGCUGUGCUAUCCCUUGAUAGAAAUGACUUAGACGACAAAUUAAUAGGUAUUAAGAAAGUUCCAGGUGGUGCUAUGGAAGAAUCUCUUUUCAUCAAUGGUGUCGCAUUCAAGAAAACGUUCUCCUAUGCUGGGUUUGAACAACAGCCCAAAAAAUUCUCCAACCCUAAAAUUUUGAGUUUGAACGUUGAAUUAGAGCUGAAAGCAGAGAAAGAUAACGCUGAAGUACGUGUAGAGAAUGUUGAAGAUUACCAAGCCAUUGUGGAUGCAGAAUGGCAUUUGAUUUUUGAAAAGUUAAAACAAGUAGAAAGAACGGGCGCAAAUAUUGUAUUAUCCAAGUUACCAAUUGGUGAUUUAGCAACUCAAUUCUUUGCUGAUAGAAAUAUCUUCUGUGCAGGUAGAGUGAGCGCAGAUGACAUGAACCGUGUUAUCCAAGCAGUUGGCGGUUCUAUACAGUCUACUACAUCCGAUAUUAAACCAGAGCAUUUAGGUACUUGUGACUUGUUCGAGGAGAUGCAGAUUGGUUCUGAACGUUACAAUUUAUUCCAAGGUUGCCCACAAGCUAAAACGUGUACAUUGCUUUUAAGAGGAGGUGCUGAGCAGGUUAUCGCAGAAGUAGAGAGAUCCCUGCACGAUGCAAUCAUGAUUGUCAAGAGGGCUCUACAGAAUAAACUAAUUGUUGCAGGUGGCGGUGCCACAGAAAUGGAAAUUUCUAAAUGUUUGAGAGAUUAUUCAAAGACAAUAGCUGGUAAGCAACAAAUGGUAAUCAAUGCCUUCGCCAAGGCCUUGGAAGUUAUUCCAAGACAACUUUGUGAAAAUGCUGGUUUCGACGCAAUAGAAAUACUAAACAAAUUAAGAUUGGCUCACAGCAAGGGUGAAAAAUGGUACGGUGUUGAUUUUGAAACAGAAAAUAUCGGUGACAACUUUGCCAAAUUUGUAUGGGAACCUGCUCUAGUGAAAAUCAAUGCUUUGUAUAGUGCCACAGAGGCUACCAACCUAAUUUUAUCUGUUGAUGAGACAAUCACGAACAAGGGAAGCGAAAGCGCCAAUGCUGGUAUGAUGCCUCCCCAAGGUGCUGGAAGAGGAAGAGGUAUGCCAAUGCAAUAA